AUGGAAAUUCUUGAUCUAUUUGCAAACGAUGAUAUAGAAGAGGACAAUUGUCCUGGUGAUACCAGAAAUUUAGAACGACAAGAGGAGGUUCACUAUGAGCAUCAAACUUUUGACGUUUGUGAGGAUUCCAUUGAUAUAUUCAGCUCUGGAGCCCUGGAAAAAUUAGCCGAAUUGAAUCCUAAUUUGAUAUUGCCUUAUGUUUUGCCAUUAAAGCCUUUAAAAUUGGAUAAGGGAGGCAAACCAUCUAAUCUAUUCAGCAAACUGGGACAGCACUUCAUACACAUCCAAAUGCCUUUCGUGCUCCCGGCACUGCGCAGGGAACCUUGCCCAAAAGGAAACGAACCAACAUGUCCCGAAGAAGUGAAUACAGAAAUAUACCAGUCCUCACGCCUGGAUUGCCUGCCGUCCGGAAGACUAGGAAAGCUAAGAGUACACAAAAGCGGGAAAAUGGUACUACAGAUAGAUGGCCACUCGUUCGUAUUCUCUCAAGGAAACAAAUUGACUUGUAAACAAAGGGUCUGCUGUUAUUUGGAAGAAAAUAAUGAAUUCGCCUUCCUUGGUGAGCUAAACAGGAGAUUCGUGGCUUCGCCAGAUUUUACAAAUUUGUUGUAA